AUGAAGCAGUAUCCGCUGCCAGUGCCCAAGCAUGGCGGGCGAUACAACAUCUUGCGUUACGGCUUCUUCUCCGUCUAUCGUCGCCUGUUCACGCUCAUCUUCCUCAUCAACGUGGCAACCAUAGCCUAUGCGGCCGUGCUCGCCUCCCGCGAUGCGAGGCUGUUCACAUAUGCCGACGCAACUAGCGCCGUGGCGGCCAAUCUCUUCGUCGGUGCCAUGAUGCGGCACGAGCACGCAGUCAACCUCAUCUUUCGGCUGCUGACAGCACUCCCACUCUGGCUGCCACUCGCUGUCCGCCGCCAAGCCGCCAAAGUAUAUUCUUACGGAGGCAUACACUCGUCGUGCGGCAUCGGCGCUUUCAUGUGGUACCUCUUCUUCGCCGUCUUAGUGAUCAACAACUUCGACUCUGGCAUGGAAGGAGAAAUCCAAGGCUUGGCAGUCAUCCUUGCCUGCAUGAUCUUCAUCUUUCUGAUCUUGAUGGUCAUGUCAUACCCGACAAUUCGUCAACACUUCCACAACCAGUGGGAGAUAUCGCAUCGGUUCGCAGGCUGGACUGGCAUCGGCUUCAUCUGGGCUCAAACUCUUCUGAUCACUUUUGCCACGGCACGAGACGAGAGCCGUGACCCUGGUGUCGCACUCAUUACCACUCCAUCAUUCUGGUUCCUGCUCUUCACAACCGGCAUCAUCAUCUACCCAUGGCUACGUGUCCGACAUCGAGCCUUCACCGUCGAACCACUUUCUACACACGCAGCCCGUCUAUACUUCCACCACGACAAGGUAAUGCCAACAUGCAAGGGUCUCAAGCUCUCUCACUCUCCUGUUGUCGAAUGCCACGCCUUCGCCAGCAUUCCCAACCCCAACGGAGAGAAGGGCUACUCCGUCAUCGUAGCCAACAACGGCGACUGGACCAAACAGCUCAUCAAGAAUCCCCCAGAGAAAGUCUGGGUCAAAGGCGCCCCCAUCUCCGGCAUAGUCCGACUCGCAUUCCUCUUCCGCAGAAUCGUCUUCGUAGCCACUGGCAGCGGCAUCGGACCAUGCAUGAGUUUCUUCAACGCCCAUCCAGAAUGGGAUGUACGAAUCAUCUGGGCCGCCAGGUUCCCCGCCACGAGUUUCGGCGUUUCGACAGUCGAAAGCGUUUUCGCGGCUGAUAAGAAUGCUUUGUUGAUCGAUACCAAGAAGACGGGGAAAGGUGGUUUGACGGAAAUUUGUUAUGCUGUGUACAAGGAGAGUGAGGCGGAAGCUGUAGUCAUCAUUUCUAAUCCUGUGGGUACCAAAGAGGUGGUGUUUGCACUGGAGUCGAGGGGUGUGCCUGCUUAUGGGGCGAUUUGGGAUUCGUAG